UAUCUAUCUUACCCCUUUUUUUAGCCUCUCACUAUUAUUGUCCUCUUCUAUUGUGUAUAGUACCAUAAACAGCUCUUCUUUUUUACUUGUUUGUUUUUGUGCAUAACCUCAUUUUAUCUCCUCUGUUUUCAUGCAAAUGGCUCCCCUGCAUUUUCAAUUUCUACUUUUCAGUACCCUUAUUUUGCUUCUCAAUGUCCAAUUAACUCACGCCACGUCGACAACGGCAGACCGAAUAUCCUGCACAAUGUGUUCUUCCUGUGACAACCCAUGCCAGCCUAUCUUCUCUCCGCCGUCACUGCCACCACCAUCAUCUAACUAUAAUUUUCCACCACCACAUUAUUUUCCGCGAGGUUACUCCCCGCAGCCUCCAUCACCGCCUUAUAAUGGCGGAGAUGGUGAUGGUGAUUACUACAAUCCUCCGACUGACCCUUCCGUAUACCCUAUCCCACCACCUCCAAACCCCAUUUUACCGUAUUUCCCUUUCUAUUUUCACAACCCUCCUUCACCUUAUACAGUCGACUCUAAAUCUGUUCAGUUCAAGAACAACCCUUACAUCACUUCUCUCAUUGUUGUCCUGCCCAUUUUAUUGUUUCUGUAACCACAAAUUUAUCCAUAUUAACCAAUCAGAAUAUGUAUUUCAGGUUCAGAAGCAUUAAUAAUUGUGGUGUUUGGACAAGGUUAGGUACAAUUCAAUUAAUCUGUUAUGUACAGUACGGCUAAUUUCACAAGGUAUCUGUUACAUCCAUUUCAAUAAUAGAUUUAAGAAGUCGAGAAGCUAGUAGUCGACUAAAAAAUGGAAAAUUUUCAGGAUGUUUGAUUUGAGGACAUCCUAUUCUACUUUUGCAGAUUUGGUAUGUAGAAUAAUACUAUAUAGUACGUACGUCUUACUUAUUACAUGUAUUAUUGUUGGUAGUACUCGGUUUUUUCUUGUUGUAUACAUAUUAAGUUUUCUAUUCUCUUUUAAUAUUCCUGAAUAUCCUACAAUGUACGUCAAGAUAGCAGUAAAAUUUGUGUACAAACAAUUUCUCUAAUGAAUAUGUUAUGUUUGGUCCACUA